UCGUUGUAGGGCAAUGAUGAUGACAGCGUGCGAUGUCUCCGCAAUCACCAAACCUUGGCCCAUACAACAAACUGUAAGUAAUAUUAUGCAACUAAUAAUUAAUGACAGGAUAAUGAGGUAACACGCAAAAGGACUGGGAUUAGUUGUCAAAUAGAAAUACUUUUUUGGGAAUCCUCCAUUCUCGUAUCCAGAGCCCUUGGGGCAUCCUCGUUCGCCGAGAAGUCCUGGGAACCAACGAAGACAAAAGAAAAAAGAGAUUAUUAAAGACAGUAUAUAUAUAAGAUUUAUUGCUCGUUUCAAGUCCUUUGGCGUCGCGUAAAAUAAACAGCAGCGUAAGCCCGACCUCCAAGGCGAAACAAAAGAAAUUUGAAAAUAACAUUCAUAAAAAUAUUUUAAUUUUCAAAUCAUCUCACAUUUCAGGUCGCUAAAUUGGUCGCGAGUGAGUUCUUUGAACAAGGAGAUAUUGAAAGAGAUGAACUAAAAAGUGAACCAAUGGUGAGUAUUUCUAUGAAACUGAAGGCCAAAUGUUGACGUUUUUUUAUUUUAAUGUUACCCUAAUCCGAGGAAUUCACAGUCCUGAACAGUAACCUUAAUCCUAAUGCUAAUCCUUGUCACAUCCUUUCGGGAUGAGAAAGUUGCAAAAACGUUGUGUUUGGCUAGCCGAGAAAUUAAAGAGCCUAAAAAUGUUUUAUACAACCACUACUGAUUUCGAGCUAUGCAGUUUCUUCCACCGUACUUAUAGUUAGACUUACUAAAAAGACUCGCUAUGUUUGUCAUUCUCUAUUUUUAAGCCAAUGAUGGACAGGAAGAAGAAAGAUGACCUCCCUAAAAUGCAAGUUGGAUUCAUAGACGCCAUAUGUUUACCAAUUUACAAGGUCAGACAAUAAGUUCAAGAAGAUACUGUUGCAUUCUUCUGUGAUUUCGUUGUCGACCUAUUGUUGAAUCUCUUCAAAACUAUUUUCUUCGCUCGCCACCUUCGUUUAAGUAAAUGAAUGCAAUCCAAUAAGUUACAUUUUCGGCCCAAAUGUGGUAGAAAUUUCCGCACGUAAUACAAAAGUAUACAAAAGUUGCGAACUUUGCAAGGCUAUUUUUUCCGCGUUUUACAACAUUUCGCAACCAAACGUUGCAAUUAUUGUACUCAUUUUAGUAUGUUGUUUCUGGCUGUGGUGAUUUAUUUGCAUCUCCUUGCCAAGUUUUAAAAUUAGUCUAUAGUGGGAAUUGUCCAUUGUUUUGGUGUUUUAUGACCAAUCUAUAUUUAUGUUAUAGCUCAUGACGGAAGUGGAUGCAAAUCUGUCACCAUUACUGGAUGGUGUCACGAGCAAUCGUCAAAACUGGCAAACCUUGGCAGAUGAUGUCACACUCAACGUAGAAGGUAAAAUGUAAGAACUGCAACAUAUACAUCAAUCCCCAGUUAUUAUGAUUGGGUUAGGGGGGGGGGGGGCGUACAUUAUUUGAAAAUUACUCGAGAUUUCUAUCUCGAUGGCUGAAAAGAGAGACUUCGUAUUUUGUACACUCUGUAUAAAGAAUACGAUGUAAUAUUGAAUAAAUGAUUAACUAGACAUUGCCUUAGGUUUUGUAGGGCGAAAACUUCUGAAUUAUAUUUGAGUUUCAGAAUGACAUUUCAAAACCUUAAACACUUUCUUCAAUAUAGAUUCAAUGAGUAAUGACUUUGAUUCUAACAACUCGAGUUCGCAACUUGAGCAAAAACCUGAAAAUAACAACAAUAACCAUGCCACAGAAAGUGCAGAACUUUUGGAAGAGCCGACACAUCAUAACAACAACAACAACAACAAUAUCAAAGAGAACAAUAUUGUAUCUGAGACAAAAUCUCCCUCUCCUCACAACGACAAUGUAGUUGUAGUAAAUGUAGUUCCUUCUAAUGGGAGUAAAACAUCUCUUCGCGACUCAAAGAAAAACAAGACAUCAAAGACGUCUUCGAAAACUUGCUGUUUACUAUAACACGGAAGAUUUACUUGGUCGGAGGGAGAAAAUCCCAAAAAAUUGGUUGGUAGAAGAUGGAUGGAGGAGAUGUAAUUUUGAGAAAGGGGACAAUACCAACUUUCGUAUUACAUUUUAAUUAAAGGUGCGUUAGGAGGGUGGGGUUGAUAAUCAUCUUUCCCUGCAAUAGCGAACUGAAUUGCAAAGAACACAAUGCAAUUCACAGUUGGAACCGGGUUCCCAAGUUUGUGUCUGUACAACCUCUGAAGUAAAUUGGAUACAUACGGCAUGCCAAGCUGAAAACAGUAAAACACCACAUUUAUCAGAAAAUGUUGUUUCGCCAAGCCAACCGUCCGGAAGAUAUAUUACCAUGAUGCACGAAUAAGGACAACUGAACAAACAAUACAUUCACCAAGGGAAACCAAGGGAAUGUUUGUCAAGCCAACCAAACUGAAUAUCUGAGCACCAUCGUCGUUGCCUUUUAAUGAAAUAUAUGAAGAAGGAAUGAUACUUGUAAAUUUUGUAUAUUUUUGUAAAAAGUGAAAAUCC